AUGAGCCACACAGCCCAACCUCACAUACGAGGAUUAAAGGAAUACAUAAAGCCGCCAAAGGUUUUUCACAACCUGAAUGAUACAGAGUUGCUAUGGAGAGCUUCCAUGACUCCUAGGAUUCCUGAAUAUCCAUUCCAUCGAGUUCCCAAGGUUGCUUUCAUGUUCAUGACAAGGGGACCUGUUGUUUUGGCCCGUUAUGGGAGAAGUUCUUCAAAGGGCAUAGAGCCAUCCUACAAUGCAUCAUCACACCCCGAAAGUCCAGUUUUUCGUGGCCGGAGAAUUCCUAGUCAGGAAGUAGAAUGGGGAAGGGUGAGCCAGAUUGAGGCUGAGCGCCGCCCGUUGGCGAAUGCUCUUCUUGACAUCGCAAACGAACGUUUUGUUCUGCUCUCAGAAUCAUGCAUCCCCCUCUACAACUUCUCCACUGUCUACUCUUACCUCAUACACUCCAACGAAACUUUCGUGGAGGUUUAUGAUGAUCCAGGCGUGGACGGACGUGGCAGAUAUUAUUUCAUUGACUACCCAGGAAUCACAUUGGAUCAAUGGAGCAAAGGGUCACAGUGGCUUGAAAUUGAUAGAGACCUUGCCAUUGAAGUUGUCUCCGAUCGAAUAUACUUCCCACUUUUCCUCAGAUGCAAAGGCGAAUGCUUUGCAGAAGAACAUUAUUUGCCAACAUUUGUGUACAUGAAAUUUGCAGCAAACAGUGCAUACAGGUCUUUGAUCUGGGCUGACUGGACCAAGGGUGGCGCACACCCUACCGAGUACACGAGCACAAAUGUCACAUUUGAGCUUUUGAAUAGCCUGAGAAAUGGUUAUGGUCGGAGAUGUGAAUAUAAUGGAAGGAGCACAGAUGUCUGUUUCCUAUUCGCCAGGAAGUUCCCGCCUACAACAUUGGAUAGCCUCCUGAGAAUUGCACCAAACAUCAUGCACUUCAGCAACACAUAG